AAUAAAGUGCUUAUAGUUGCCAUAUCUCGGGUUCAGCUUUUACUUAUUACACGGCUCAUGAAUCUAGUAAUCUCAGAUGUGUAGCUUUUAACUGGUGCACAACACAAGUGCUACACGUACAAGUGUUUCCUUACUGACAGACUCUGGUCCUUUAGGCCACAGCUUAUGUUUAGCCAUCUGUGAUCUAGAGAAUCAUUCAAUUAAUCAAAGUGUAGAGAAUCUGCUGAACUGUAGCCUACUAGAGCUCAUUUUGCUCUUGACUCUCGAGAACAUAUUUAUGCACAUACUUCUCUUGUCCACCAGAGGGCAGUAGUAUCUAGUCUAGUUCACUUUGGAUUUUUUAAGAGGACUAUAAUUAUACCAAAAACUGUUGUCCAAUGAGUUCUGUUAUGCUAUACAGUAUAAACAUAACUAUUAUUAUGAUUUAUUAUUCAUAACUCAGAUGAACUUCAGGUUUUAAAAUGGCAUUUCCCUCCUGUGUCCAAUUAGCCCCAAGCACUGUAAAUGAAACAUUUUCAAUCAAUAAGCAAAGGUAAUUUGAUGUAAUAUCAUGAGGCACUUUGUUGGAGACAAAGGACUCUGAAAAUGAACACUUGUACUGCUUGAUCCCUAUUUCUAGGAUCACUCAGCGGCCUGCGCUCCCAUGUCCCAUUAUGGAGAGAGGUGCUGAGAUGUUGUUUCUCUGUCUCAUCACCCUGAUGGUCCUUACCCUGCGGCCAGUGUUCUCCACCUACAACUGUUCGGCCGAGUACGAGCGCGUACCAGAAAACAAUGACCUGAGUGUGGAGUGUGGGUCCAGCGUGAUCUAUCUGGAGGUGAACCUGUGCACUGCUAACUGGGCUGGGUUCGACACGACCCAGUUGGCCCUGAACGGGGAGCACAACAACACCCAGUGCCAGGGCAACAUCGACACCAGCGUCGACCCGCCAGUCAUCCGUUACCAGCUCCACGUCAACCACACUGACGAUAACCCCUGCAGACAGAGCCUACAGAUUAUGAAUGAGAUUCCAGACCAGAACAGUGCCUUUGGCCACUUCUCCAACAUCCAGUCGAUGGUGAUCACAGGGUUCAUCGACACACCAAGGUCAUCCCAGGGCAUCAUCAGCUACUCCACUGACCUGUACUACCACUUCUCCUGCCGCUAUCCCUUGGAGUACCUCAUCAACAACACACAGAUUGUAGCGUCCUCUGUUUCUGUGGCCACGAGCCAGAACAAUGGGACCUUCAUCGACACACUGCGGAUGAGCCUCUACAAUGACAGUGGGUUCGACACUCCACUGCAAGUUCCCUCUACAGGCCUUGACCUGCGGACGGACGUGUAUGUGGAGGUCAAGGCCAUAAACCUCACUGGGAACUUCCACCUGUUGCUGGAUCACUGUUUCGCCACCCCGGUUACCUACAGCCAGACCAACACCGAGAAGCACGACUUCUUCAUUGGGUGUGCCGUCCAUGAUAAGACCACUAUAAUCCAAAAUGGAGCAGCGAAGAUCUCGCGGUUCUCCUUCGAGGCGUUCCGCUUUGUGGUACACCGCGAUCAGGACAGAUCCAGCAUCUAUCUACACUGCAUUCUGCGUCUGUGUGAACCCAGCAAGUGCCGGGAGAUCAUGGAUAUGUGUAACAACAGCAGCAGCAGCGGGAGCGGUCGCAGGAAGAGAGAAGUGGCGCCGUUUGGCACGGAGUCCAGCGACUCCGCCACGGUCACCAUGGGGCCUAUCUACACCAGGACUGAGGAAAGUAGCCCGGCUGCCUUGCCUUACGGUGCGGAGAAGCCGUCAGAGGAGGCUAAGACAGACGUGGCAGGGGUGGUGGUGGGGGUUAUAUUUGCCACCGCGGGGGCAGUUCUCCUCGUCUUGGGCGGGUGGUUUGCCCUGAAGAAGUUCUACUGGGGAGCAGGGUUUGUCCAAGGCGUUUGACUGACAGCUGGACAGCCAAUCAACUUCCUGAAAAGCACUGCUGCGUCUUCUCUGUGUGUUCCUUCAGGAGUGAUAUAUGUAAUACAUUUAUUUUUUAUGCAUGAAAAACCUUAAGAUUUGCACACUCCAAUUUCAUAUAUGUUAUUUCAGUGCUAGCGUAGCAUGUUUGUAAGGCAUGGUGUCCCUGUGUCAGAUUUGAUCUUGUAAUGCUGGAACUGCACAUGACUCUUGCUGUGAUGAGGUGAACAAGUUUUUUAAUUUGGUGUAUUUAUACACUAUUUCAGUUUGGCUAAGCAAAGAUAUUUUUUUUUUACUUAUGAUAGUGAUCCUGAAAUUAAGAAGGCUUUGUACAUUGCUCUGAGAUGAAUCAAUAGUUUUAUAUCAAUGACUUUGCGUAAAUCAAUAAAUAUAUUCAACACUCUAUGGCAAAUGGUUGUGGAAUUUGAAAUCUUUAUGGAGGACACAAAACAUCCCUUUUCACAAGUAAACUUACACAACUCACAAGUAAACUUACACAA